GAACGCUUUGUAGACAUUUACAUUCUCUUUUGCAUAUAAAAUCAGACGUGUUGCAUUAAAGUUUGAACUCGAGUUUAGUAAGUUUAGGUACAAUGGAAUAAUUUUCGGUCAAACUUGGAAGAAAUUUCACGUGGUUUUUCAAAUUCCAAGGUAAACAAGAUUCACAGAUGGAUAGACGAGCAAACAUGAUGUGGAUUUACGCGAUUGGAGUUGUUUUAAUCAUCACAAACGCAGCGUCUGGAGUCAGUGGUGUCAAACCAGAUAAUUCUACGCACAGAAGAAUGGCAACUUACAAUCCAGGAUCCAGUAGUGCAUGUUGCCAGCCAAUGAUGGAAUUUUGUGGGUGCAAUAUGGUGAAAACCCGUGCUUACCGUUAUGAACAUAUUUUUCCAAUAAUACUAAAUAAACAUGGCAUGAUUGACUUCAAAUUCAAAGUGAAAGCUGAGAGCGACGCUUAUUUAAUGUUUUCCAUGUACAAGUUCGUUUCACAUGGAGACUACAGUUAUGAGAUAGUACUGGGCGCAAAGAAUAAUACGUUAUCAUUAAUCCGAAAAUGGAUAGAUCUUGAUUCUGGAGCAAGUGAAGCAGUAAUGAAACCCGUGUUGUCACCCAACGAAUGGCGCGAAUUCUGGGUUCAAAUCGUAAAUGAUGGCGCAAAAGUAGGAAGAAAAGGCGAAAAGGCAUUCAUGCAAAUAGAACGUGAUGCAAUGCCUUACCAUUGGAUUCGUUUCUUCAGCGUUGCUGGUGGGGGGCAUGCUGAUGUUUUAUGGAGUCUUCCUUGUAGCGAGGAACGCGAUACAAGAGGAUCAUGAGAUUUUUGUUGACAGGCGUGGUAUUCGUGUUUUAAAUCACACACUGCCGAUGCAGUUAUGAGUAUAAUUGACCGAAUAAAAACUUUUCAUGAUUAGA